UUCGGGGGAUCCGCUGUACCCGUCCGGACCUCCUCAGUCAGUGUGUCCGUGUGUCGGAACCAGUCCAGGACUUUCCCCUGCGGAUCGAUAACUCGUCUGAUCGAUCAGCCGGUCCCGUCCAUCCCGGACCGACAUGCCCUUCAUCGAGCACGUCUCGGACUCGGACCUGGAGCGCCUGGCUCUGGAGCGGGUGGUGCCGGCGCUGCUGGCCCACGGCUUCUUCUACCUGGACGGGCUGCUGGGGGAGCUGGCGGGCGGCGCGGUGCUGGACCAGGUCAAGGAGCUGCACCGCACCGGCGCGCUGCAGGACGGCCGCCUGGCGAGCUCUGCGCCCGGCGUCCACCGCAGCAGCAUCCGCGGGGACAAGAUCGCCUGGGUGAGCGGCUCGGAGCGCGGCUGCGAGGCCGUCAGCUUCCUGCUCAGCCUCAUCGACAAGCUCGUGUCCGUGUGCGCCGGCAGGCUGGGCAGCAAGGAGAUCCGGGAGAGGUCCAAGGCCAUGGUGGCGUGUUACCCUGGAAACGGCUCCGGCUACGUCAAACACGUGGACAACCCGAACAGAGACGGACGCUGCAUCACCUGCAUCUACUACCUGAACAAGAACUGGAGCGACAAGCAGCACGGCGGCGUCCUGCGGAUCUUUCCAGAAGGGAAACCGUUCGUCGCCGACAUCAAGCCGCUGUUCGACAGACUUCUGCUGUUCUGGUCCGACCGCCGGAACCCGCACGAGGUGCAGCCGUCCUACAGCACCAGGUACGCCAUCACCGUUUGGUACUUCAACUCUGAGGAACGAGCCGAAGCCAAGAGACGCUUCAGGAAGCGAACAGCGUCCAAGUUGCAGCAGAGCAGCAGCUCCAGCUGAUGGUGAGGAGACGGCGCCGCCUGCUGUUGGAUUCUCACACUGCAGCUGAUUCCUUCUGGAUCGCUGAGCUUCUGGAAACGCUAAAAAAAAAAAAGCAGAAAAAAAAGAAAAGAAGUUUGACUGCUGAGGAGCAGCUUCGUUCCUGCAGAGUCGAGCUGCUGCUGAACCUGAGACUUUGGACUUUCCUGCUUUUUACAGUCGUUUGUGCAAUAUUCUGGUUCUGCUGAGGCGAAGGGACACGACAGCAGGACGCUGUCGAGGUUUACAGAGAGACCCGAUGCUUCAGGAUCCGAGUGUUUCAUACUUUCACAUGUUCUGGACCAGCCUGACCUGGGAGGAACACGGAUGUUUACUAGUCGACGACCAGAGUUCAGUCUGCUCCAGAGUUUUACUCAGACGGAGAUUUACAACCACGAGACUGUGGAUGUUAGAAACACUGCAGCUCAGAGCGAGCCUCCUCCACGUCCGCAUUAAACCAGUCUGACAGUAAAACAGACAUCUAUCAGACCACAGGUAGUUUCAUACGCUCAGAUUUCUAUCUUAUUAACUGUUGAACUGGUGGUGAAGGCGGGAAACAACUUUACAACAACAACAAUAAUAAUAAUAAUAACAAUGGGGAAAAUAGUGAUCAGACGCAGUCAGUCUGGUGAAGUUUACAAGCUGCUAAGUAGAGAUUCAAACAUUCAUCUUAAGUCCUGGUUGAUGGUUUUAUGAAACCUCUGAAGGUUCGGGGCAGCUCCUGGUUCUGAGCUUCAUGUUAAAGUCCUGCAGCUCUGAGGAACCAGAACCUGAAGCAGGAGGAGACAGAACGUCUUUCAGACCUGCCGGCGGGUUUCGGGGCUCAGAGGGUUGAUUUAACUCAGUGCAGGAAUCCUCUUUCAGGACUAAAACGUUUACACAGAUCGGACAUGUCUGCAGGUUCAGCUGAUACCAAACACUCCUCCGUUCAUGUCACCGGUUAACGGCAGUGAAUCUGAACUCUAUGACUCGACCGUCCAGAUGCAGAAAGCUUGUGUGAUGAUGAGGACCAAACCAGUCUUUAUGAUUCCUGAAUACCUGAUACGUCGGAUUGUUGAUGGCUAACACCUCGUGUUUCCUGGAGAGAAAACAACAAAACCAUGAAAAUGUUUGACUUUUUUGGCACAAUCCUUCCUUGAUAUUUCUCUGAGUUAUUUUCCCGCCUGCUGUCUCUAAGAGGCCUCCACACAUUACUUUGUACACUUUCUGCAGAGUUUAGGAUCUAACGUGUCCGCCGGCGCUGAGCGCGUCCUCCAGCGCUGCAGAAGGACGACGAGGAGACGAUCACUGAUGCAGCAGGUCUGACGUGUGAAGCUUCUGUCACACAGCGAAUACGAGGCCAUGAAUAAUUGAUGCCGGUUCAAACGGAGCUUCACAGACGUUAUUGAGCUCGAGUCCUGAAACAGUCGCUGCCGACUUGCAGCACCUUUAAACCGAUCCGUCAGUCUGACUCGGCUUCAUACGUGUUGGUAUCGCUUGUUCUUUAAACUGUCACGUGAUGUUUUAGAUGCUUUAAUAAAACUUUUGUUUGAGAAACA